AUGGUUGACUCCAUAUGUAAUAUGUCAGUAGUCGCUGAGCACCGUCGUGGUGCCCUUGGGGGGGCCUCCGCGGUCCCCUCCCGUCGAAGCGCCCGUCGAGGCGCUCUCGGGGACCCGCGCGGCCUCCCCUCCCGUCGCCCGUCGAGGCGACCUCGGGGACCCGCGCGGCCUCCCCUCCCGUCGCCCGUCGAGGCGACCUUGGGGGCCCGCGCGGCCUCCCCACCAGUCGCCCGUCGUGGCGACCACGGGGGCCGCGCGCGGUCCCCUCCCGUCGCCCGUCGAGGCGACUUCGGGGGCCGUGCGCGGCCCUCCCCGUCGCCCGUCGAGGCGACUUCGGGGGGCCCGCGCGGCGCCCUCCCCGUCGCCCGUCGAGGCGACUUCGGGGGGCACGCGCGGCACCCUCCCCGUCGCCCGUCGAGGCGGCUCUGGGGGCUCGUCGCGGCGCCCUCCCUGGUGCCCGUCGCGGCGCCCCGGGGGGGGGGCCGCGCGGCUCCCUUCUCGUCGCCCCUCGGGGCGCCCUGGGGGCCCUGCCGCUGA